AUGUCAAGCCAACCCAUACCCAGCAUACCAGUCGACUGGAACGACCUCAUUACUGUCAUCGUCGGCACGGGAAGCACCGAGCGCAAGUUCACAGCUCAUGCAUCGGUGUUGAAGCGCAUCGACUUCUUCAAGGGUUGUCUUAGCGCGGAUAUGAAGGAGGCUAAAGAGCGACUUGUGCGUCUUCCGGAGGACAAUCCAGAUAUGUUCGAGGACCUGUUGCAUUGGGCCUACUUCGACGGCUACCAAUGCGAUCUCGAAGCUUUUGCUGUCGAAUGUAGAGCUCUUUCAUCAGGACGGUCAAAAGAAGAUACCGCCAAGGAGGUCUACUGGGAGGAAGUCAAAAAGCGUGUACGCGUCUACGCAUUCGCCCGCAAGAUGUGCGCAGAGAUGGCUUCCAAUGCCGCGAUAGAUACCUUGUGGAAGCACUAUGACCACUGGACUCCCGGUGCUGCACAGCUGGGAAUUGCGUUAGAUGAGCUCGACGGCGGUGAUGCUCUAUUACGACUAUUCAAGAAGAAAACCUCUGCCCAAAUCUACGGAACAUCAGGUGGUCUGAAAGAAUGGAUGGGACAUGAUAAAGGCUGGAAUAGCGACCUCAACGACAGAUACGACUUCAUGAAAUUCAUUCUCGAAGCGAUGGCCGAGUACCCUGAUUCCGACAAUGAAUGCUGGAGCUUUUCCAACCCCUGUGAGUGGCAUACCCAUGUCAAUACACCGAAGUGCGCAAGUAUCUCCGACAAGGACGCUGGUCCAGAAGCUGCUUCAGUCGGCUGA